AUGGCUACCCCUAGUGUCCUCGCUUUUGACGCUGAGGGUCGGGCCAUUGACUUUGACGUCUGGAUAGAUGACCUGCAGCUUUUCUUACAGUGCGACAGAGCAGACGGCCUCUCCCUCUUUGACCUCACUUCUGGUGCCUCUCCUUCCCCCGCUGCUGAUGCUGACGCCACUGUUCGCUCACAGUGGGCCACGCGCGAUGCUGCUGCACGUCUUGCUGUGCGUCGCCACCUACCUACCUCUGAGCGUGCGCACUUUAGCCAGUACAAGAGUGCUCAGACCUUGUACGACGCUGUAGUUGCACGCUACUCCUCCCCUGCCACUGCUGCACUGAGCCGCCUCAUGCUACCGGACCACUUCCUCUCGGUUUGUCCCACCACUCUCACCGUUGAACUCCUCGAGAAGGCACUCCUAGCAGCAGAAAAGAGCAUAGUCGCUGUAGGAGCCUCUCGUGGUGACCCUCGCACCCCCAUCUUUGAGGGGUGUUCCCCCUCCCCUCUUUUGCCCUCUGUUGCCUCUGCUGCUGCGGCCGACCUCGCUGGUUUGGAGUCGGUUGGGGCAGCGUCUACCCCCAGCGGGAGACGCCGCCCUGGCAGGGGCAAGGGGGGCAGGGGCGCUGGAGGAGCUAGCGGGGGCGGUGGAGGCGGCGGUGGAGGCGGUGGAGGAGGUGGGGGUGGCGGUGGGGGUGGUGGCGGGGGUGGAGGUGUAGGUGGCGGCGGUGGAGGCGCAGGCGGCAGCGGCGGUGGCGGAGGGAGCGGAGGUGGCGGCGGUGGAGGAGGAGGCGGCGGAAGAGGUGGAGCUGGUCGGGGUGGCGCAGCGCAGAGGGUCAGCUCCGGUGGUGGUCAGCGCCAGCAGCAGCAGCACCAGCAGCGCACUCGUGACGUCCCCUCCCCUCAGCAGCUCCGUGAGUGGUACUCUGCACGCCAGAGGGGUUGGGGUACUGGUCCGUGCACCUACGUCCUGCGCACCGACGACCGCGCGGGUGAGCAGUGCGGGGGUGCGCACUCCACCCAGCGCUGCUUUGGCCGCCUGACGGACGCUUGGCGUCACCAGUUCCCUGAGGCCACUGAGAUCCCCCGCUGGGGUGAGCUGUCUAGGGCGGGUGUGGCUGUCUUUGACCUUGACUUUGAUGCUAUUCUUGCUGCCAUGUAUACUGUGACUAUUAGUGAUGAGGGUGACUGUUACCGGUGUUUUCCGCCCGACCCGGGCAUUGAGACUGCUGCUCUAGGUCCUGGUGAGACUGCUGCUCUAGGUGCUAGCGAGGCUGCUGCUCUAGGUGCGUCUGCUCCCUCAGGUACUGGUGAGUCUGCUCUCUCAGGUUCGGCGUCGGCUUCGGCCUCCCACACCUUUACCCUUGACUCGGGGGCUUCUCGCUCCUUCUUUCGAGACCGCACCACACUCACGCCGCUUGGCCGGCCAGUUGCGGUCUCUCUGGCAGAACCCUCUGGAGGUCCUGUCCUUGCUCACUUCUCCACUGUCCUCCCGUGUCCGGCAGCCCCCUCUGGCACCCUGUCUGGUCUUUACCUCCCCUCGUUCUCUACGAACUUGGUGAGUGGUGCUGACCUACAGGAUGCGGGGGUUCACCAGUUCACUCCUGCGAGUCAGCGGGUGACCCACUGCACGGACGCUCGGACAGGCCGACACCUGGCCACGUUUGCCGCCGUUCUACAUCUUCGUGUACGUCGACGACUUGGUCUUUGCCACAGCUGA